AUGGAUGCUCCGAUGUUUAAGCAUCAAUUGAAGGGAAUUGGAGAUCUUAUGGUUAUGGAUCAUAUGAAGGGAAAUUAUGCGUUAAAGAUGUGGAAAUUUGGAAGAAUUUUCGAGAGAAAUUUCAUGAGGAUUUUGGAAGAAAAAAAUUGUGUGAUGUUUGGUUUGGUAUUGGCCUAUAUCUUGUUGGAAACAGGAAAUGAGCAUUUGGAGAUUGCACAUCGCAAAGUUAAUGAUGCAAGUAUUGGUGAUAGGAGAGAAGCUUUUGCGAUUGCAUCAAGGGUUAUCAUAUUGGCUAAAAGGAUUGUGAAUUUGUGA